AUUAUCGACUACGCUCAAGCCUACUUCAUGUCGACUAAAGGCCCCGUUUGUGGCGUCGAAAACUGCAGGUCUAGACGCUACGAGGAGGGCGAAGACGGUUACUUGUAUUGUCAGAAUGGCCACCAACAGGCGGGUCUAGUCCGCGGAGAAGAUGAUGAUGACUACGUAGGAGCUGCCCGAACAGUCACGCGCAAAAAGAAAGAGGCGGAAGAAGACGACAAAUCGACUGGCAGGAUUUACAAGGGCCCUCGAGCUUUUGACCUGUAUUUGAAGUGUCUGCAACUGAUUCUGCGACAUCAGCUCUGGUAUCUCGUAAAAGACCGAGGGUUACCGAUUGAACUUGAAGCCGUCACGCGCGAUCUCUGGGCACUGCGUAUCGCCCAGCUUGGAGACAGGAUUGCGAGUCACGACGAAGACUCGUCAGAAUCCCAAUCCCAGCAACAGAUUUUCAGCACUCUGGAGAGCGAGGAUGACGCUACAGACAAUGAGAAAGGUUACCUCCGAGAUGCAAAGGAAAAGAGAAAUUUGAGGUUGUCGGCAGCACCCAAUCUUAAAGACUGUCUAGUUCUGUGCUAUCUUGGUAUCAUGACACUAAGGCUGCCAUUUACGCCCGGCGACAUCCAUGCAUGGGCUACCGAUGGGCAUUUGGCAUAUCGAAGAGCAAUCAAGCUACUGCCACUCACCAUGAGAGAUCGGCUACCACCUGCCUACCACGCUGUUCUUGAUCCAAGCGCACCACUCACUCACACGCGAUUUUACAAAACACUCGCAGACCUGCAAAUUAGCUACAGUAAGGACCAUGGCAUAACCUGGCCGGCUCUCAACGUGCCGCUGUUGCUGUUCCGCUAUUUAAAAGAGCUCGCCUUACCACUUGAGCUGUAUGAUGCAACUAGACGUCUUGGCGACUUGCUGGGCUACGAUUUCGCUCCCCACUACAGCGGUAAGAAACGUCUGGGUAUACGGCAUCUUGCCGAGGCGCAACUGGUGAGCUGCCUCAUCAUAUGUAUCAAGGUACUCUACCCACUUGAUGAUGAGAAACGUUAUCCAAAGUCAUCAUCGGAACCAACAGCAGCGGUGAUGAGCUGGCAGGCGUGGUGCGAGCAUAUGCAGGCCGCUGAGAAAUCGAGGCGAGGAGACAACGGACGCUUUACAACCGAACAGUUGACAAAGCUACAGGAGAAGGACAUGUUAUCGAUGGAAUCCCAAGAUAUGGACCAGUAUCUGGACUUCUACGCCAGUACAUUUCUGGAUAAUGCUGAAAUACAGCGCACCAGGGACAUUGAUGAUUUUCGAAACGCUUUGUACGACAUUUUUCCUAUCAAUAAUGAGGCACAACAUCCCCCACAGGAGCUAUCCUGUGAAAUUCCUCUAGGUCAGAGAUUAGAGGUCGUGAAGGCAGUUCAUGGCGCGAUGAAUACGAUGCCAGUUGUAGCUGAGGACACCGGGAUGCAGAUCUUCGUGAAGACCCUGACGGGCAAGACCAUCACGCUCGAAGUCGAGAGCAGUGACACCAUCGACAACGUCAAGUCCAAGAUCCAGGACAAGGAGGGUAUUCCCCCGGACCAACAGCGCCUGAUCUUCGCCGGAAAGCAACUCGAGGAUGGCCGCACUCUGUCCGACUACAACAUCCAGAAGGAGUCAACCCUCCACUUGGUCCUCCGUCUCCGUGGUGGUAUCAUUGAGCCUUCGCUGAAGGCGCUUGCCUCCAAGUACAACUGCGACAAGAUGAUCUGCCGCAAGUGCUACGCACGUCUGCCACCGAGGGCUGUCAACUGCCGCAAGAAGAAGUGCGGUCACACCAACCAGCUCCGCCCCAAGAAGAAGUUGAAGUAA